AUGGAGGAGUCAGAUGAGGACGGGGAGGACAAUGAGGAGUUCCUGGAGCGGCUGAUGGUGCAGACGGGCCGGGAGGUGCCACAGCGGGAGUUGGAGGAGCAUUACGCCGUACUGGAGGAGCUGGGCAGCGGGACCUAUGGCCGCGUGGUGCUGACGGAGCCCCGGGAUGGUGUGGGGUGCAGUGACACUGUGUUCAUGGGGAGACCCUUUUCACCCCCCUUUGGGGAGGGGGUGAUGCAGCAGAUGAGGGUACCACCUUCCCUUCUGGAGGGUCUGGCGGAGGAGCUGGUGAAGCGCUGUGCAUCCCAGCUGGCUGAGGCGCUGGACUUCAUGCACAGCCGUGCCCUCGUGCACCGGGACGUCAAGCUGGACAACGUGCUGCUCUUUGACCGCGAGUGCCGGCGGGUGAAGCUUGGAGACUUUGGGCUCACCCGCGUGCAGGGCUCAGCAGUGGGUGCCAUGUCCGGCACCCUGCCCUACACCCCACCGGAGCUUUGCCUGCUCCAGGGCUCUGACACACUGGAGCUGGACUCCAGCCUGGACGUCUGGGCCUUCGCCAUCCUGCUCUUCUGCCUCUGCACCAGCUGCUUCCCCUGGGCUGUGGCCGCCAGCUCUGACCCCCAGUUUGAGGACUUCAGCGCCUGGCAGGGUGGCGUGGCAGGGCGGAGGGUGCCAGCGUCCUGGCAAGUAUUCGACUCUGGGGCGCUGGAGAUGCUCCGGCGCUUGCUGACGCUGGACCCUGACCGCCGGAGCCCGGCCAUCGAGGUGCAGAAAUACUUGUCCCUGCCCUGGGUGAUGGUCCCUGGUGCCAGGGAGCUGACACCAAGCAGCUCCCAGUCCUGUCUUAGCAAUGGCAUGGGGGAGAGCUUGGGGGGCACUGGGGGGUGGGAUGCUGCUGGUGGGGGAGAUGAGGUUCCCAUGCCCCCAGCUAACGCUCUGGCCCCGUGCCGGUAA